CAAAUUUCAGGCACAUCAAUGUCAUCAGACGUUCGUAAGGCUCUGGAUCCAGGCACUCCGUAUAGUCGAACUCUAAAGCAGUACUCUAUUGAUGAAAAGUUGGCGAUCAUCUCGCACGCAAAGAAUCAUGGCAAUAGAGCAGCUGGGCGGGAAUUCAAUGUGGCAGAGAGUAGUAUCAGAGAAUGGAGGAAAAAUGAAAACAAACUGAUUCACAACAGAGAUGCGGCAGCAGCUCGAUUAAAUGCACAAUCCUCACAUUCCUCUGGUCCAGCUCGUUUGAACAACAUGAAUAAUAACAACAAUAAUAAUCACAAUCACAGCAAAAACAACAACAUUCAGUACACUCAAACUGUUUUUCCACGACGAACUCCAGAUGAUAUUGUGAAGCAUAUUCAGAUAGCGCAGAUAACACAACUUGCUAUGAUGAAAAUGGAUUUCACAAGUCUAGCUCGUAUUGCACCUUUUCUUCAAGCUCAUCAGCACCAGCAACAGGCUCAAGCAAAACCUGAUUCAAUAUCUACUGCUAGCAGCGUUGUUGGCACUCCAAGUUCUAUUUCAUCAUCUUCAUCAACACCGCCUCCGUCCACGUCACCUGUGCCAACGUCUUCCGGCUCUGGUAGAAGAAAACCUCGAUGUCCUAUGAAAAUAGUCGUUGCCGAAUCAAACAAUCCUGUCAACAUUGAAGAAAUCCAAGAAAAUAUUGAUGAGUAGAUGAAAUUUUAUCUUUUUCUGUAAAUACUUCCCAAAUCUUCGCCUUUAAUACCACCGGUGUCUUAGUGAUUUUUCAUUUUCCUAGUGCCUUAAAAUAAGACAUGCCUUGCCUUCUAGUCAUUUCCAUCAGAAUUGUGCCAAAAAAUUUUAAAACAUUGAUUUUCUGUAAAUUCGAAGUGCAAUUUCAUCUACCAAUGGUUUUUUUAAUAUUCGGAUCUCCUAUAUUGGCUCCGAGAAUAUGACAUUAUAAAAGAUCUACUUCAU